AUCACUUGCUGUAGUGGAUUUAAUAUAGCAUAAUGGCAGCCAAGUUUGUAGUCCUUCUGUGUGCGGUGGCAAGCGCUCGCGCUGGUGGUCUCAUCGGAGCCACAUACGGCGCAGCUCCCUUGACUUACGCCGCACAUGCCGCACCACUCUCCUACGCGGCCUCACCUAUCAUCAAAAGCUAUGCCGCACCCGCCUACUCUACGUACGCGGCGCCAUCAGUAGCCUACUCAGCCCCAUCAGUAGCCUACUCAGCCCCAUCGGUUGCCUACUCGGCCCCUGUAGCAUACUCAUCCCCCAUAGUCAAAGCCGUCGCUCCAGCGGUCUCCUCUGUCUCGUCAUACUCCACACAAACAGCGCAUGCCGCUCCGAUAUACGCCAAAGCGGUAGCCCCAGUCGCGACAUACGCCGCUGCCCCUGUCGCUAGCUAUGCGCACGCGCCGGUGUUAUCCUCUCCCCUCACCACAUACGCCGCGCAUGCCGCUCCUAUCGCGACAUACGCCGCACAUGCUCCUCUAGCUACUUACGCCGCAGCGCCUGUUCUGAAGUCGGCUCUCACAUACUCCGCAGCCCCAGCUGUCUCUCAUGUGUCAUACAGUGGCCUCGCCGCCAACUAUGGCUGGUGAUCACUUAUACGACUGUACAAAUCUAGUUGUUUUAUUUUUGUAUAUUUAUUUUUAUACGAUAUGAAUAAAUGUUAAAAAAGAAUUAUCUA